AUGUACCAGGAUUAUCAUCUCAAGGCAUCCAUCACUGAGCCUGUCAGCGAACCACCGCCGGCUUUCAGCCCGGUACCGCCUGCAGAGGCUGCCGUCGCUGGCACAGCAAGCGUAGAGGCAGAGACCAAGGCUGCGCUUCCAGCGGACAACAAGGGGGAAUCAAGCAAGAACGCGGAAGACUCCGAGCCGCCACCGCCAUAUACAGAAGGCUCGAGUCCGCUUGACUCAUUUACAUACGUGAUGGCCGCCGCAGGCGGUGCUGCGAGCAUAAUCACUCAGGUACAGCAGGGGGGUGCGGCGCCUGUGAGUACUUUAGCGGAUGUCAGCGCGGACGAGCAUAUCACAUUGGACCUCAGAGGAACUCGCUUCACGUUGUCACGGGACGAGCUUCUUACUCUUCCCGAAUUCGUUCUCCUUUCCUUAUUCCCCAAUGGACUUCUGCCAGAUGGUCAUAUGAACUCCUUCCAUGAAGGAGACAUAUACCCUGUCGAUUAUGAUCCCCAGUCGCUCCAGUAUAUGCUCGAAUUUUUCCGCAUCGUCGCCCAAACAAUUCCCUCCUCCUCACCGUCUCCUACCGGAUCACCAUCGGAAAUCCAAGGAAGCUCAACAGAACCGUCCUCCACUUCCGCUCGUGACAUGCUUCAAGACCGAGCCGGUAUCAUCGUGUUGCGAGAGGAUCUAGAUUUUUACGCUAUACCGCCAAAAGCGGAUGUUGACCAAACCGAGAUGAUCGAGGUCAAGCGGGCAGCAGGAAGAGCAUUACUGAAGCAGGACGGAAUAUUUUCUGGGUUGAGGAGGAGUGAAGAGACGGGGACGACAGAGCAGCAUUUAAUUGAGAUGUUGACAGCUGGUGGCUUCAACAACGAGGAUCGCUGGGGCCACCGUGCCGGCGAGCCCAACAAAGCCGUCAUUUGCAGCCUCGCCCUUGCGCGACUCCGAACUGACAUCAAGGGUAGCGAGACGUUGGCCAACAGCAACGCGGUGGGUAUGGCCCAGAAGCUGCUGCUAUUCUGGAGGAAACCAGCAAGGAGAUGUUGGUGGGAAGGCGUCGAGCUGGACAACGUUGAAGGUGUAGAAGGGAAGUUGAAGGUUUGGAUACGAAGAGUCUGGACGCUGGAGAUGAGCGUCAUCGGGCUACGAUGA